UCGAAAUACCGUACAAAGCGGGCAAGUCCGUUGCUUCUUAAUAUUUAUAGAUUUAGAAUAUUUUCAUGUUGUUUGUAUAUAGAUUGUAAUGUGUUUUUUUGUGAAACAUAAUAAGAAUGAACUAACUUUUAGUUUACAUUAGAUUUGUAAAUUGUAGUGUAGUGUUUUGAAGAUGAAGCUUCUAUAUUUUGUUUUGUUUAUAAUUGCAAACUUGCGUAUAAACCCCCAAGCGUCGUUGGAUAGUUUUUUGCCCACCAACAACCAAGUUUUACUUGCUGACACAACCAAAAGUUCAGACAAAUCUUGCAGUCGGCCUUGCAAAUUUAAUGUUAAGCCUCGACGUUGUGAAUAUGAUUUCGUAAUACGUCCAAUCUUGGAUGAAGAGGGAAGGCCAAGUCUGACCAUCAAUGAUCAAAGCCCGGGGCCGGCUGUCCAUGUGUGUUUGAACGAUAUAGUGGUGGUCAAAGUAAAGAACGAAAUCCCGAAUCAGGAUGUAACUCUCCACUGGCACGGCAUUGAACAGAAAGGGACCCCGUAUAUGGAUGGUGUGCCAAUGAUAACGCAAUGCCCCAUUUCAUACGGAUCGAUAUAUCAAUACUCAUUUAUUGCAUCUUCUCCUGGCACCUUCUUCUAUCAUGCUGAUUCUGUGGUCCAUCAGAGUGAUGGAAUAUACGGAAGUCUUAUUGUGGAUCAGCCGCAGCCUCUCGAGCCUAAUGGUGUUCUAUACGAUUACGAUCGGAGCAAAGAACAUACAUUCUUGAUAGCCGCUAGAUUUCCGGAAUUAUUGACCUCAAGACUAGAGGGGAAAAGCGAAAUUGGGCCCGAAAGUCUGAUAAUCAAUGGUGAUAAUUUUACUCCUAAGAUUUACGUGAUGACGGGAUACUCAUACCGGUUGCGUUUCAUUAACGCAAUAGCGUUGGAAUGUCCAAUCGUUGUAAACGUACAGCGGCAUGCGGUGGUGGUUAUUGCUACUGACAGCAAUCCUGUUAAGCCAGUGACUAACGGAGCCUUCAGACUCUAUCCAGGAGAGCGAAUAGAUGUCGUAUUACGGGCAGAUCAGCCCAGCGGUGGUUAUUGGCUACAAAUCUCAGGGGAAGGAGCUUGUGAGACGCUCAAAACGCAUAUUAUGCUUAUUUACUCCGGCUUUAAUUACACAUCAAUGUUGGAACAAGGACCGAACACUGAGUCGGAAAUCGGUACCUUCAUCGACAGUGAAAAAUAUUUGUCACUUAAAGAUUCUCAAGCUCCAGCCAAAGUGAAAUCUAUAUAUUUACGUAUUGACAGGAAUAGUUUUGAUGUCAAAGACAGUGAUUUAGAUUUCCGUUACCGAAGCGACGCUAUGAAAAAGAAACCUUUUUACCCUGCGACAUUAUCUCUCCAUGCUGGUGUUGUACAAAUCAACGGUAAAAACUUCCUUUAUCCAAACGCUGUGUAUCUUUUAAAACCUCGCGAGGUACGUCCUGAUAUUACCUGUUAUGUUGAGGAGGAACAAAAACACAAGGAGCCUCAAUGCCUACAAGUUUUAAAAGCACAAAUAAACGAACCGAUAGAGCUCAUAUUGGCUAACGAAGGUUUCGGUAGUAAUGAUUCCUACACAUUUCACAUGCACGGCUAUAAUAUGCAGAUUAUUUCAACAUGGCGCAAUCCUUCCAAAAGACCAUUUACUAAGGAAGAGUUUAUGAAAUUAGACGAAAAUCAUUCUAUUGUGAGAAACGAAGUGAAUCCGCCACUGAAGAACACUAUACAUGUACCUAAUAAGGGCUUGACUGUCGUACGUUUCACUCCCACUUCCGGUGGAAGCUGGCUCUUGGAAUGCAGAUCUUGUUCCCUUUCAACACCCGUCGCGUUGCUCGUCAGCGUUCCCCUGUCGAUACCAAAGUCGGUUAUUGAAUCUUUGCCAGGCUGCGGAAGCUAUCGACCCGCGGACGUGUUGCUGAAUUGAUCGAAUAUUACCCAUAGACACGGAUUAUAUUAUCAAAGAAACAAAUGGUCCUAUUAAAAUAAAUGCAUUGUUAAUUUUAUGUUUAUUCUAACCUGGGUUCGCUCUUUUUGUCCUAUAACUUUGAAAGUUAAAGAGAAUUUAAAAUAUUUUUUUUUUUAUUUUUGUGUUUCGUCUUCAUUUACGAUUUUAGUUUCGAAGAAUGUAUGAGACUGAGUUUGAAAUAGUUUUAAUAGGACGUUAAUUUAAAAAAAUAAAGGUGUUAUAAAUAUGCUAUGAUUGUAGACAAUAAUUGUAAAUAAUAUAAAUUUAUAUAUAAUUCAUAAAUAAGAAAUUUUGCGUAAGUUUAGGGUUGAGUGUGAUAAAUGUAAAUAUUUUAGAUCUACUUACUAAUUUAUUGUUAAAUAUUUAACAUAAUUGUUUUUUAUUUUUUUUUUUUAAAUUAAUAAGCACAUAAAAAUGGUAUGCAUAACUGACAAUAAUAAUAGUUUUUUUAAUACAUUUAUAAUAUAUGAAGAGAUAUAAAAUAAGUAAUUUAAAAGAGUUAAGGAAAUAUAUAUGAAACUUGUCUAUUAUGUUCAUAUCAUUAUAAAUCAUUUUUCUUUAUAAAUACUCGUAGCUGUGGAGCCAGUAAGGUUACACAUAGCCUUAGUUUAGGCACAAAAUAAUUUGUUUAAAAUACCCGAAAUAAAUGCAUGCGUUUUCUGAUCUGUAAUUUUAAAUAUUGUUUUUGGUGAACACUGAGUUUAGUACUUGUAAAUUUUUUUCUAUUCUAAAAACAAUACGGUUUUUAUAUGUUGAUACAUUGCGAGUAAAUUUUUGAAUUAUUGAAAUAAAUUUUGUGUCUAAAUUGUUUAAAAUGCUAAGAUAUAUGAACAGAAGCAUUAUCCAUUAUGAUAAUAAAAAAAAAAAUUAAUUAAUGAAUUGUACAUACAGUGAGUGCAUUUAAAAAAAAAAUGCUUUAUGUAAUUAAAUUAAUGGACGCACGAAUAAUUAAACGUUCCGAACAUUGUAAUAUGUCAAAGAAUUGAUAAAUUGAAUGUUGGCAAAUAAAAAUUUAUGAUAUAA